UGAUUUUUCACAGAUUGCCUCGCCCAAUAUAACCCUAGCAUUGUUUUUCCGCCAGUACUUUCUCUUCCAGGGGUUAGUUAUCCAUGUGAUGGGAGCGAGACCACAGGUUCUUAUAAAGACGAUAGUUGGGGGCGAAGUAUCAAUUUGGGCAAAAAUUGCAAUUGUCGGCAGCUCUUUAAAUAAAAACCUUUUGUUUAUGAAAAUGACAAUGGAUAGUCCUCCCGAUCCGCCUUGUGAGGCUUCACCAGGCAUCGGAAUGAGGGCCACGAUUAGUGGGAUUCGAUUGAAAUUUCCAGCAGUGAAGAACAUUUCAACGGGGACUCUUCAGAAAUUACUUGAUGGGGAAGAACUGCCACACCUUGAAGGGGUUGAUCACAAACAAAAGAAGAGAAAGUUGUUUCUAAUUGAUUCAAGGCCUAAAGAGGAGUACGCUGUAAGUCACAUUGCAAAUGUCAUCCAAGUGGAUCAUGAAUUGGAUAACAUGAACAUACUCAAGAACCUACUGUGUCAAGGUGAUAGUCCUGAAGAGAUUGCCGGUGUCGUUGUUAUGUAUUGCUCCGUUGGUUACAGGUCAUCCAUACUGGUAGAAAAACUGCAGAAAGCAUUCAAAUUUGAUCCAUCAUACAAUGGGUCCAAUGGCUUUAAGCCCUCGGUCGUCUGAUUAAUCCUUGUGCAUCAUUUGAACAAAGACUACAUUGUAUAGGACUUUAUUUCACCACUUAAAUGUGCACCUUCACUCGCCAGCAAAGUGUCAAUUUACUCUGCUACAAUGUAUAUGUAUUGCCGUAUCCAAAUUAGCCUCUACAGCUACGACUACGACUGUUGCUGAAAGUGUUGUCCUUUACUUCAACGCAUGAUUGUGCGGAAAUCUAGUCGUAGCCGUAAGCACUUUUUCGAACAUGGCCUUUGUUCAAAGAUUUUGUGAUUAAACCCUCUGUAUUGAUAAUUACUUGAGACUAGAGGGUGCACGUCGGAGCUAUGCCAGCUCUCUGUAUGGACAUACUGUAACCUGUAUCCUUGACUCGAUAAUGUUUCUCAGAUUGUGUAUUCUUUCCGGGAACAUUUUCCUGCUAGGACAUAUCUUUGGAAAAAAUUAUCUUUUGAAAUGAAAGGUUCGCAUGUUAGUUUUAUUGUUUACAUUCACAUUUUGUAUUCAAACAGUUCAGUAAGGUAUUUUUAUAUGUUUAUAUAUAUUUUAUUUUUUUUUGUAUGCACGUCGCCAGACACACAAGGCCUGAAGGCCACUUC